UUAAUGGAGGGAGAACUAAACGUUUCUUAUUUCAUUCUUGACAGACACGUGGAGCAUCACAGGUUCAGGUACCUCUACUUCACGGUGGUUCUCACAGUGUACGUCCUGAUUCUGUGCAGUAACUGUACUGUAGUUUACCUGAUCUGCAAACAGCCAGACCUCCAUGAGCCCAUGUGCGUGUUCAUCGCUGCUCUGUUACUCAACUCUGUUGUUUUCAGCACCAACAUCUACCCAAAGCUGUUGCUGGACUUUCUGUCAGACACACAGGUCAUCUCUCACAAGGCCUGUCUGCUCCGGUUUUUCCUUUUUUACACUUCCGGUAACUCAGAGUUCCUGCUGCUGGCGGCCAUGGCCUAUGACAGAUACGUGUCCAUCUGUCGGCCGCUGCACUACCCCAGCAUCAUGAGGAGAAGCACUGUUAGCGUGUUGGUGGCUUCAACCUGGUUCGUACCUGCCUGUCAGGUUGUGGCAACAACAGCAACGAUUUCCAGUCAGAGCUUGUGCAGCUUCAGGCUCAGAGGAAUCUUCUGUAACAGCUCGGUUUACUCACUUCUCUGUGUGACAUCACGAGUAUCUGUUUUUGGUGUGUUCACUUUGUUGAACUCUGUUGUUCUCUCUGUGAUCUUCAUCGUGUUCACCUACACUAGGAUCCUUCUCAUUUGUUAUUGCAGCAGUGCAGAUGUGAGAAGGAAAGCUGCUCACACCUGUUUACCUCACCUGCUGGUUCUCAUCAACCUCUUUUUUUUGGUAACAUAUGACGUUGUCACAGUUCGAGUGAAUCCAGACCUUCCUAAAACAGCUUUUUUAAUCAUGACUCUGGAAUUGGUUUCGUAUAAUCCUCUUUCUAAUCCACUUAUCUACGGAUUAAAAAUGAAAGAGAUUCAAAAAAACCUGAAGAAGUUAUUCUGUGCACAUGAAAACAGCUGA